GUCCUGCCGGAUGUGAUUAAGUCGCUGUAGUAACUGUAACGUUUCCAUCUGUCACAUUGUGUUAUUUCCAUGCUUACAUGUCUACUUCUCUCGUGUCCUUGAAAUCGAGCCUAAAUAGACUUUGCGUUUUCUCUAAUUCUUUCUAAUUCUUUUCCGUUUAUUGUUCUGUCGGUCUUAAGGCGAUUAACGUUAGCUUAGCAUGCUAGCUGGAAGCAGAUUGACGGGGAAGGUAAUGAGCAACGAGCGAGACUGACUAUUUGAUGGAGUCCAGACGGUAUUUGUAACAGAGACUAGGUGAAAAUGUCUGAAGUCCAAAAUCAGAUAGCACUGGAGGAGCAGCGGCAGAGUCCACCUGGAAAGCGGCCAUAUUUACAAUUUCACGAUGUCCAGCAACAACUGUCAGUGAUCAAAGAAGGAAUUCCUUCUGAGCAGCACAACUCCAGUCCCAGUUUGGACCAGGAGGACCCUCAACACCUACAAAUUAAAGAGGAACCAGAGGAGGCAAUUAUUACUAAGUUAUUCAGUCUUGUUCCUGUAAAGAGUGAAGAUGAAGAAGAGAAAUCCCUGUCUUUAGAGUUUCAUCGGAGCCAGACUGAGAAGAACAGUGUAUCUGUGGGAGACCCAGAAACAGAUCCUGAAUACCCAAGAAGACACAUGAAAAGUCACACUGAGGGAAAACCUGACAGCUGCUCUGUUUGUAGUAAAAGUUUAAGAUGGAAAACAUGUUUAGAGGAGCACACAAGGACCCACAUGGAGCAGAGACCUUUCAGCUGCUCUGUCUGUGAUCUAAGCUUCAGUCAAGGUGCUUGUCUGAGACGUCAUAUGAAAAUUCACAUGGGAGAAAAACCUUUCAGGUGCUCUUUCUGUGAGGUAACCUGCACAACAAAAUACUCUUUACUGGAACACAUGAAAAUACACACAGGAGAGAAGCCAUUCAGCUGUGAUGGAUGCAGUAAAAAAUUUGCUUGGCUGUCAGGGGCCAAAGCACACCAGAAGCGUUGUCCAGCAGUGACCAGCAGGGCAAGGUGUCUUAAUAUUGUUGUCAUUCCAACCCUUCAAAAGACUCAAUCUGAACCACUCAAUUCCCUAAAAAACCCAACAGUUAACCAUCCAGUUGAGACCCACUCUGCAACAGCAGUUGCAGGACCCAACAGUUGUAAUGUCUCUGCUUCUUCAAAACUAUCCUUUCCUGUUAUAUUCUUUCUUUCCUAAUAUCCACUCUUUGUGAGUAAGCUAACUAAAAUAGAAUAGAACUUUAUUGUCAUUGCAACAAGUGCAACGAAAUUACAAACUGUUGACUGUUUGCAUGUUUAAGCCAGGAGAACCUAAAACAUGAACUACCUGAGAUUUUUUUUCAUAGAUUUUUAAGUUCUUUUCACUAAGGUCUAAGGAACAGGACAUAAUGCAGAUUAAGUAAGAUGAAGCUUGUCAUUCCUCCCUGGAAGUAUGGGCCAGAGUGUUUACACCAUCCCCAGACCUGCCUGCAAUCUGUUGAAUAAAAAUGUGCUUUGGCUAUAUUAACUCAAUUUUUAUUUGUUUAAGUUGUUUUAAUUUAUGCCAUAGAAUCACAGAGACUACUCCAGAGUGUAAGUUGUAAAACCUUAAAUGGAAAAAAAGACUUUAUAUAAAACUAGAAGCUAAUAUAUUAAUUACCGUGGAUUCUUCGGCUCUCCAUUUCCCGCCAAUUGUAAAACCAACUUUAACAAAGUUAAACUUUUUCACAGGAAUAAAUAAAAACGUGGAUUAUGCAAACAGACCUUUAGAAGUGCUUCUGAACUUAAAACUAGACAUGAAAGACACCAGUAAGCCCAUUAUUACUACUGCCAUCACAAAAUCAGAAUAUAGAAGGACAGAAAAACAGUGAACAUCUACAGGUAUCCCUGCAAUUAGCAGGUGAGAAGGAAGGUACACCCUGGACAGGUUAGUCUAUUGCAAGGCCGACAUAGAGACAGCCAAUCACGUUGAAACUCACUCUUAGGAAGAGUUUAGAGUGACCAAUUAACCUAACAUGCAUGUCCUUGAACGGUGGGAUGAAGCUAGAGUAUCAGGGGAGUACUCUGGCAUGAGGAGAACAUGCAAACUCCACACUGUAAAGCCCCCAUUUGAACCUGUCUCCAGCCAAAGCGCAAACCAGUGACCUUCUUGUUGUGAGGCCGUGGUGCCAACCACAACACCACCAUGCUGCCAUAAUCUACUUUUGUCACUUCUGUACAUUUUCACCAUUGCUUUGAGUGCCAUCUGUGUUGCAUUCUGGUUUAUAAUUGUCUUUCUUUCUGCUAAUUAAAGAUUUUUCCUUUUAAGGUUUUG